CUUGUCAACUUUUUGCUCAAACUUAACCAAUUAAACAACUAGUUUGGAUAAAUCGUUAAAACAAUUGUUUAUAUUGAAAAUUCAUUAUUUUAUUUAAUUUAGAUCAAUAAGUAGAAAAAUUUUACAUUAUUGUUCAAUGUCAGGAGUUACUAAUCAGAAUUAGAUAUGGCAGAAAACAAUAAUAGAAAAAUGUCCGAUUAUCUUAAUAAGAUAGAAGCAGACAAAAUUGACGAAAUGUCUGUGGACACGCAAAUCAACAUGAAUUUUCAACUAAUAGAUAAUUCAAUAAUUGAAUUCUGUGAUAAAAUGGAUUUAACAAUUGUACAUGAAUUAUCAUUGUGCUUCAACAAAUUGUCUUUUAUUCCAAAUAAUUUUUCACAGCAUCUAAUUAAUUUAGAGAAAUUAGAUUUAUCAAAUAACAAUCUACAAGAAUUGCCAACUUCUUUUAGUUUAUUAACAAAAUUGGAACAUUUAAAAAUGGAUAAUAAUAAAUUUCAAACAAUGCCAAUAGUUCUUGUUGGUAAUCGACGUUUAAAAUAUUUAAGCAUCUGCCACAAUACACUGAAUGAAAUUGAUGAGGAAUUAGGAUUUUUAAUUAAUUUAGAAAUUCUUAAUUUGAGUUUCAAUAAAUUAACAAAAUUUCCUAAAUCAUUUGCAAAAUUAAAUCGUCUUCGUGAAUUGAAUAUUGCUGGAAAUAAAUUUGAUAUAAUUCCAGGAUGUAUAACAGAUGGAAUGAGAAAUUUAGAAAUUCUUGAUUUAUCUCUUAAUUUGAAUAUAAAAAUUAAUGUACCGCCGUGUAGUAAACGAUUGAUGAAAUUUUAUGCAACAGACAAUAAUACUUGUCGCACAUUUCCAAGAUGGUUAUUAACAUCGGCAUAUUCUUCACUUGAGGAAGUAAAUUUUAAUCAAACACACUUUCUUAAAUUUACAUUUCCAAAGGAAAAUGCUGUUUUAAAUUUAAGAAAUGUUUCAUUGAAUCAAUCGGAUUUAACAGACAAUAUUCUAGAAUUGUUAACAAAAAAUAUGUAUAGACUUGAAAAAUUAGAUAUUGGAAAUGAUAGUUUCGCAAAAAAGGAAGGUAACACAUUUUGCAAUGUACCUGGUCCAAAAUUAAAAAAUCCACAUUUGAUUAAAGAAAUUGAUAUGAAGGGAACUGGACUUCCAAUGGUAUCACGAUUCAUUGUGAAUUUAACCAAUAUUACCAAUAUUGAUUUCAGUCACAAUACUAUAGCAUGGUUGCCUGAUGAAUUUUGCAAUCUAAUAAAAUUGCAAAUUUUAAUAAUUAACAAUAAUUCCCUAUCAGUACUUCCGGAUAAUUUUGGAAAUUUAAUUGCUCUCAAGGAAUUAACAAUAUAUGGAAAUCAAAUUUCAAAUUUACCUGAAUCCAUGUGUAAUUUAAAGGAAUUACGUGUACUUGAUUUAUAUGAUAAUGAACUAAUGGAAGUACCUUGGAAUGCUGUUAAUUUAGAACAAUUGGAGGCGAUUGACAUUGAUUGUAAUUUUUUUUCUACUGAUAAUUUAACAAUCAGGAAUAUGUCUUACGAAAAUUUUCGAAAAUCAAUGCGUGAAAAAUGCGUGAGUUUUACGAAGAGAAGCAAUGAAAUGAAAAUUCCAUCACAAGAAGAAGAAUAUGAAACUGAAUCACGUGAUGGAUCAUAUUCAAGUAGAAAAUACGAUUAUUAUGAAAGUGAUGAACAUGCGGAAGAUUCUGAUCGAGUGUGCAAUAAUGAUGAAGAAAAUUGGGAAUUGUCAGAGGAUUCUACUGAUGAUUAUGAACCAACUUAUACAAGUCGAAGAAGACAUGCAUCAUCAAUACCGCAAAAAUUUCACAGUCAAUUUUUCUGCCCUGAUGAUUUACAUGCGGUACCCAUUAAACAACAAGUUCGUCUAAUAUAUAAUGAUAGAAGAAUGUCACCACGUACCAUUGAGGACGGUCAAUUUGAUGAUGCAUAAAAUGCAUAAUCAAUUUCUUUAUAUUUAUACAUAUACUUAUUUAAUGAAUUAAAAAACUAAUAAAAUUUGUACUCGAAUUGUAAUACAGUUUUAAUAUAAAUUCUUAUUUUAAUAAAAUAUUGUUUAUAUCUUAACUUAAAAAAUUGUAGUUUUAAAUUGUAUAAGUGGAGCAAAUUAUUUAAUAUUUUAUAAUAUAAAAAUGUGUCAACCUA